CAACCAUUCAAUACUUCAGAAACACAAACCGAGCAGCGAGUCAGCCGCGAAUAACAGACCCGACAGAGGUAUCGAAAGCUUCCAAAGAAGCAGAUAUGCCGACUUUAACGAAGCUUUACUCUAUGCAAGAAGCUGCUGAGCAUGGCAGCAAGGACGAUUGCUGGGUCGUUAUUGAUGGCAAGGUAUAUGAUGUGAGUUCAUAUCUGGAUGAGCAUCCGGGAGGAGAUGAUGUUGUCCUUGCUGUGACUGGGAAAGAUGCAACAGAUGAUUUUGAAGAUGCCGGGCAUAGCAAAGAGGCGAGGGAGCUUAUGGAGAAGUUUUGCAUUGGCGAGCUGGACGAAUCUGCCCCAGUAAUCCCAGAACUUGAGAUUUUCUCCAAGAAACAAGAGGCAGAUUAUGCUGAAAAGCUCAAGGACUUAUCUAAACAAUACUGGGCUGCGCCAGUGGCUGUCAUUGGCAUCUCUGUUGUGGUUGGACUCCUGUACUUGCGGAAGAAGUAGCACACUUCAUUUUGAGUUUGGCCAUUUUUGCAGUAGAGAGUUGGUUAAAUUUUUUGAAUAAUUAGGAGCAUAAUAUGAUUAAAGAACUGGUAUUAAAAUUUUGAGAGAUCCAGAUAAUUCAUGAUGCACUUUGUGAGUAAUACAUGUAACAUGAUUCAAAUGAAGGUGUAGGCAUACUCGAACUUUUCAAAAAUAUUAAUAGUUCAUGAUCAAACAACUAGAUGUUGGUGAAAUUUACUGCUUC